AAACAUCAUGGCGGCGGCGCAUAUGAAUGGAAACAACCAACUCUAAUUUCAUCAAUAUCAAACACUGUCAGAUGCUUAUUGGCCAUUGCAAGUCAGCGGUUUGGAUAUUUGACUUUUGGUGUGAUCUCGUAAACAUUCUGUACUCAGCUGUUCAAUUAAUGUUAUCUCUUGUGAAGUGACGUUAUUAAAGAUAAAACAAUGAGAAAACGAAUGAAAUCUACUGACGACAUCAGCCAGAAUAAGGAAACAAAACAAUCGCAAAAAACAGUUGGUGAUGAAAACAGCCACAAUGAGAAAGUUUGUACGCAAAAGAGAACAAUGAAGAAAUUGUUCGGUUUCGAUUUUCAAGAUAUAAAUGAAAAGGGUGUUGUUAAACUCUUGAAUGAACCAAGAGAUCCAUCAUCUCUUGGUGUCACCAGGAUAGCAUUCGGUCUUCUGAUGAUAUUUGAUACUUUAUACGAAAGAGGUUUCAGUGCCGCUGACUACAGAUGGGGCGAUCCUUAUGAAUGUCGGUUUCCACUGUUUGACUUCCUAAAACCCCUGCCAGUUGAUUGGAUGUAUGUGGCAUAUCUUAUUAUGCUCUUAGGUGGUGUUGGUAUUUUACUUGGUUUAUUUUAUCGGCUAAGUACUCUGGUAUUUGUCACUAUAUACUGGUAUAUCUUCUUUCUUGACAAGACUGCAUGGAAUAAUCAUUCGUAUUUGUUUGGGUUAAUAGCGUUUCAGAUGUUACUAUGCGAUGGUAACAGAUACUGGUCACUUGAUGGGUUACGAAAUCCCCAAAUCAGGAAUGCUGAGGUCCCGCUUUGGAAUUAUGCUUUACUUAGAGCCCAGGUUUUCUUAGUUUAUUUCAUUGCUGGACUAAAGAAGUUAGAUGAUGACUGGGUGAGUGGGUAUUCUAUGGAGAGUCUGGCAUUACAUUGGGUUUUCAAACCAUUCAGAUACUUUUUGACACAGGAUCAAGUUGGGUUGUUCAUUGUACAUAUGGGUGGAUUAAACUAUGACCUGAUGGCUGGAUACCUCUUAUUUUUCGAUAAAACCCGGCCGAUUGGAAUAUUUCUCAGUUUAAUGUUCCAUGGAAUGAAUUUCUUCAUGUUCUCAAUCGGCAUGUUUCCGUGGACAAUGUUAGCAACUAUGUUUAUAUUUUGUUAUGCCGAUUGGCCAAAGAAGCUCCUCCGUCGUCUUCCAAAGAUACUUCAACGUAUGUACCCUUCAGUGGAAGUGGCCCAGCCGAGUAUUCACUGUAUUUAUGAUAAUAAAGAUCAAGUUGGGUUGUUCAUUGUACAUAUGGGUGGAUUAAACUAUGACCUGAUGGCUGGAUACCUCUUAUUUUUCGAUAAAACCCGGCCGAUUGGAAUAUUUCUCAGUUUAAUGUUCCAUGGAAUGAAUUUCUUCAUGUUCUCAAUUGGCAUGUUUCCGUGGACAAUGUUAGCAACUAUGUUUAUAUUUUGUUAUGCCGAUUGGCCGAAGAAGCUCCUCCGUCGUCUUCCAAAGAUACUUCAACGUAUAUACCCUUCAGUGGAAGUGGCCCAGCCGAGUAUUCACUGUAUUUAUGAUAAUAAAGAAAGCAAUGGAGAUUCCAAAUGCUUGAAAUCGUCAUUAAAACCUACAAGGCUGACAAGAAGACAUUACAGUAUGAGUGCUAUUGUUUUAUCUUAUUUGGCAAUACAGAUGUUUUUACCUUAUUCUCAUUUUAUAACUAAGAUGUACAAAUUGAAUGAGUUAACAACAGUAAAAUUAUUAUUUUGUCUUGACAGAGUUUGGGAUCCUAGAGUGGAUUUAGUUAAAGCUGAUUGGUCAGUUCUUCAGCCGACAUCGUACUUGCUGCCAUUACUUGUAGAACUGUCUCCAUGGCGAUCUAAGUUUGCUGAAAUAAAAGAAACUCUAGAUUCAGAUACUGAUGUUGUUUUUGUUGCUGACUUUCCAGAUUUAUAUUUAGAGAAUUUUGUGAGUGAAGAUCUUAGGAAUACCAGUGUACAAGUAUUGAGUGGAAGAAUCCGUAUUCAUAUAGAAUCUAAUGAUACUAACGUAUUUGUGUCUGAAGGAGAAAAAGUUCAACUUCCCGCUGGUGAAUAUCACAAAAUAUUUACAAUAUCUGAAACACCAUCAUGUUAUAUGUAUAUUUAUGAAAAUACGACUGAGAUUGAAUUUAACAAGAAAGUUAAAGAGUACCAGAAAAGGAACAGCUCUGAGCAAAGUACAGAUGAUGCCAGUAUUCAUAACAACACAGACCUUGAUACUGAUCCUAAUUUAGAAGAGAAAAUCAAACUGAGACUGGAGUAUAUAAAAUCAAUUGAUGUUUUUGAAAACAAGACAGCAUUGGAAAGUGUACAAAAUCUUUUCAGUAAAAGAUAUCAGCAAUUACAGAGAAGUGUUUAUAAAACAGGAGAAGCCCUUCAGAAUAUAAUAUUUGGUGCUGAGCAUUCAACACAGGACACUAUGAGUGAUUCCGCAGAUGCCGUGCAGACACACUCAGAUGAUUUAUAGUAGUCAUAGCAACUACUGGAAAUAUCAAAACAUAUCAUACCCUGUAAGAAUUCUUAGACUAUUUGUUGUAUUAUUUAUAGUAAAUUUGCUUUUUAUUGAGCCAAGUGAAAUUGAUUCAGAGAAACAAGGAUACUUUGUUCUCCCUGGGUGCCUUUUAAUCGCCAUCCUUUGUUAGUCCCCGUUCUAAAAAACAUCAAAAUCAAGAAUUUCUC